GAAAUGUCGUCGUGGCGUACAUUAGCCCUAGUUCUUAAUGGCGGGAAACCAUGGUCCGACGAUCGUGUCCCAUUAAGUUCUUAUGUUCUUCCCACCACCAACUUCAAAUCCCAAAAUGGCUGCCGUAUCGGGUUCUCUGAUGUGGUUCCGGAAAGGGCUCCGUCUUCACGACAACCCGGCUCUCGAGUACGCUGCCAAGGGAUCCAAUUAUGUUUACCCGGUGUUUGUGAUCGACCCGCAUUAUAUGGAGCCGGACCCGACCGCGUCCUCUCCAGGCUCGUCCAGGGCUGGCCUUAACCGGAUCCGUUUCUUGCUGGAGAGCCUCGUUGAUCUUGAUUUGAGUCUUAAAAAGCGAGGGUCUCGAUUGUUGGUGCUAAAGGGAGAGCCAAGUGAGGUCUUGAUUCGUUGCUUGAAGGAAUGGGAUGUUAAAAAGCUGUGCUUCGAAUAUGACACUGAUCCAUAUUAUCAAGUUUUAGAUAGUAAAGUUAAGCACUAUGCUGCUGCUGCUGAAAUUGAAGUCUUUUCUCCUGUUAGUCACACACUCUUCAAUCCUGUAGAUAUUAUACAAAAGAAUGGGGGACGCCCACCGCUUAGCUACCAAUCUUUUCUAGAGCUUGCUGGGAUACCCCCAUGGGCAUCAUCCCCACUUCCAACUACACCUUCUUUGCUUCCUCCUGUUGGGAAUGUUGGAAGUUGUGAGAUUAUAGGAGUUCCAACAGUCAAAGAACUUGGUUUCCGGGACAUUGAACAGGAAGAAAUGACUCCUUUCAGAGGUGGUGAAUCAGAGGCAUUAAACAGGUUGAGAGAAGCAAUCAAUGACAAGGAGUGGGUGGCAAAUUUCGAGAAACCUAAGGGGGACCCAUCUGCAUUUUUGAAGCCAGCCACAACUGUUCUAUCACCUUACUUAAAGUUUGGCUGUCUGUCUUCCAGGUACUUCUAUGAAUGCCUUCAAGAUGUUUAUAAAAAUUUCAGAAAACACACACAUCCACCAGUUUCUCUUGUGGGCCAGUUGUUAUGGAGAGAUUUUUUCUACACUGUUGCUUCUGGCACCCCUAAUUUUGAUCAUAUGAAGGGUAAUAGAAUAGCCAAGCAGAUACCUUGGAAUGAUGAUGAUCAAUUGCUGGCGGCUUGGAGGGAAGCUAGGACGGGAUACCCAUGGAUUGAUGCUAUCAUGGUCCAGCUCCACAAAUGGGGUUGGAUUCACCAUCUAGCAAGGCAUUGUGUUGCAUGUUUUUUAACCCGUGGAGAUCUGUUUGUUCAUUGGGAAAAAGGGAGAGAUGUUUUUGAAAGACUCUUGAUUGACUCAGAUUGGGCUAUCAAUAACGGAAAUUGGCUCUGGCUUUCGUGCUCAUCAUUUUUUUACCAGUAUCAUCGAAUAUACUCACCAACAUCGUUUGGGAAAAAAUAUGAUCCGGAAGGUAACUAUGUAAGGCAUUUUCUCCCCAUACUGAAAGAUAUCCCAAAGGAGUACAUUUAUGAGCCAUGGAAAGCUCCACUAAGCAUUCAGACAAAAGCAAAGUGCAUAAUUGGAAGAGAUUAUCCACAACCAAGUCAGUUAUCUUUUGUUUCUCAUGAUUCCGCGAGCAAAGAGUGCAAGAGGAAGCUGGCGGAAGCUUAUGCUUUGAACCAAAAAUUGAAUGGGCAGGUGAGGGAUGAAGAUUUAAAGAAUUUAAGGAGAAAAUUUGAGCAAGAAGAAGACCAGCUCUCCAAUAGAAGAAAGCAAAAGCAGAAGUUGGAGUGACUAACUUCUCUCUUUUAUUGUCUUGUAUCAUACAAGUCUCUUCACUCUUCAGUGCAUGUAAGAAAGCAUGUCUAGCAAGAAAAGAAGCAUUAGGAAGGGAGAAAAUGGCAAGAGCCUCAAACCAUUGUAGAUUCCUGUUCUACAGUGCUCUAGCCUCCUGUGUAAUUUCACAUUCAAGUAGUUGCCAUCUUGUCAUUACUAUUGUUAUGUACCUUCGGAGUUCAUUUGGUACCUAAUUUAAUGUUAUUAAGGUAGAUUGAUGCCCCAAA